CGCCUGGCGAGAAAAAGAGGGAUAUAGGGAUGCUUCUCCUCUCUCCUCCUAUGGGUCCAAAGCCUCUCAGAUGAAGCAGGAACCACCAGCGUCCAUCUGUGACCCACUGGUUUAUCUUCUGGUGCCUCCGUUUGGAGAUGUAAACUAGAGAAAUGGCAGACGGUGGAGAAAAUGAGGAAGGAGGAGGCAAGGACGACGCAAAAGGGGGAAGCAGAUUAUUCCAUGACCCUCAUGGCCUCUUCCCAAUGGGCACCACUUCUGGCAGCACAAAGAGAAAUCUGUCCAGGGGGAUUGUGAUCCAUCUAACCGGUACUGAAGGGGAGUGGGACAGCCUCGACGGCAAUGAGCUCAUUUUCUCCUUGGACCACGGUGAGGACUUCCUCUCUAGAUCUCUUCCUAAGGAAAGAGUGCUUCCUGCUGAAGAUGAGAGCGGCUUGAUGUCCCAGAACUUUCAUGUUCCUCUUUCUCCCUCAUCCCCUGAUUCACUGGGGAACUGCUCUGCAGCAGGCCCCAGCUUCCUCUCCCCCGGGCCCUCCUCACCCAGCCAGCGGCCCCUGGCUAGCCUUGUCAAGUCUCUCUCGACUGAACUUGAGCCAAAAGAAGGUUCUACCCUUAGACCCAAGCCAUUCCUCAGCCUCGUGAAGUCUAUCUCUACAGAGCUAUCCCGCUCAGAACCAGAGGUAUCACAAUCUAAAUCGGACUCUCGUCUCAACCUCCACCUGUGGAAGCAGUUGACUCAAACAAAAACCCGGACCUGUGGGGACUCUCGCACUGCCCCACCGUCUCCUAGCUCGCUCUCUCCUAGUGCAGAAGGCUUAAAGGGGGGCUUCUUCAAAGUGGAGCUGGAAGACACCAAGAGGAAGCUCUCUGAGGCCAUGCAUGAACCUCUAAGCAAUAUGUUCAGUAAGAUCAUGGGAGAAGAAAGUGGGGGCACGGUGGCUCAUCAGAGCAGCUGUAGGAGUUUGGGGAGGGAUGGCAGCGUAGACACGGUCCUUUCAGAAUCUCCUGUGAGGACUGCAAGAAAAGCAGAUGGUGAAGUUCUACCUGUGUUUGAAUGGCCUUCAAUUCGACAACUUACAGGAGCUCAGCGCAGGUUGUGUCCUGUGCAUCACCAGAGACAGCAUCACAAAGAAGAGGAGCUGGAAAUAUGCACAGAUGGUGAUAUGAUGCAAGUGUUUGGUGUUAAAACUCUCAGGCAGUCAUCAGCUUCUCAAGCUCCUCUAACAAAGACCUCUAUGUUCUCUCCUCUUCCUCAACCGCCACGUCAACUGCCAUGUAUGAGUUUAUUCUGUGUGGCGGUACUGUCCUAUGGCUAUUUCAUCCUUCCUCUUAGUCCAUACAUCUCUGGCCUUGCUUUGGGACUGUCUCUGGGCUUUUUGCUUGGGCUGUUCCUCAUUCGGAUCGGUUCCUCAGGCUCUGAUUGCUUGGCGCCUGCUCACAGACCAGCUCAGACAUUGUUUGGUGAAACCGGUUUCACAGGUGGCUUCAUCAGCACCGAGCCUGAAACCCUUAAGAGCUGGAUGAAUGAGAUCCAUGAUUAUGACCCAGAAACCUGCCAUCCAGCUUUGACUCACUCCGUCUUUGCCACCCUGGAUGGCUCCUGUCUCCGUCUGGACUACCCACGCACCAACAUCAGCCGCCGGGCCACGAAUGAUGAGAGACUGCAUGAAACCAUCUUUAUAAAGUCAUGCUGCUUUCAUCUUGCAAAGAGCAAAGUCUUUCUCCUGCCGUCUGUGUUGGCUCGGAAGAGAGUUUGGAACCCCAAGUAUCCCAUCUGCAUCCAGCUUGCCAGAGCAGGAACAUCUCCAGAGGAUGAAGAAGCAGGGUCAGUGAAGGACCUGGUAUCUGAGCCAGCUGCUGAACAAGCACCAUCCAUAAGACAAAUACCCCCCGGACAUCCCAAAAACGCUCCUGUCUUACUUUACCUCUUCGGACGCACGGGACGAGAGAAAGAGGAGUGGUUCCGUCAUCUCCUGCUUGCUUCCAUGGAGACCGAGGUGGAGAAAGAGAGGGACGGACAGAGACCUGGCAGAUCUUUGACCCGACCAGGCGGUCCAGCACAGAGUGUUCAUGUCCCAAGGAGCAGAGGCCUCAGCACAGUGGGUAGCAGUGAUGAGGAUGCCCUGUCCACACCUCCAGCCUCUUGCAUCCCUGCAGCUCCCUCCAGCACCACCAGGGGACUGGACUACCAUAGCUACAUGUCUCAAAUACUGGCUGCAGAUGAGAUGACCCCCCUCUCCAGUCCCGGGGACAGCAGCGCAGAAACAAGCCCCACCAUUAAAGCAAACUGCACCUGUGAUCCACUAAAGUCCCCUGAAACGAGUCAAACCGCCUGGGCCAACGCUCUAAUUGGUCGAAUCUUUUGGGACUUUCUGCGGGAGAAGCACUGGGCCGACGCCGUCUCCCACAAGAUUCAGAAGAAGCUCAGCAAAAUCAGACUGCCUUACUUCAUGAAUGAGCUGACUCUGACAGAGCUGGAUAUGGGCUGCUCUAUGCCGCAAAUCAUGGCCAUCUCCAGACCAGAGGUUAACCACAGAGGCCUCUGGGUGGAGCUGCAGCUGGUCUACAUGGGUAACCUGCAGAUGACCCUCCAAACCAAGUUCAACUUGUCCAAGCUGGGGAAAGAGGGAGCUCAGGACACAGCACACUGCUUCACUGAAACUGGCAGUCUAAGCUGCAGGCCCAUCUUCAGCGUGUUGGCAGACAGCGAUGAAGAGUCCUCCAGUGCUGCUUCUUCUGAUGAAGAGGAACUGCUGCUGUCUGAGCCUCACUGUCCAGCCUGGGAGAAAGGCUCAACAACAGCAUCCGAAGGGACAGGGGGAGGAAAGACCGGGAGGAAGAUUUUAAGAUUUGUGGACAAAAUCGCUAAAUCCAAGUGUUUCCAGCGGGCCGCAGAGAACGAGUUCAUCAAGAAGAAGUUUGAGGAGAUGUCCAACACCCCCCUGCUGCUCUCUGUGGAGGUUCGAGAACUGUCUGGCACUUUGGUUGUGAACAUCCCAGCGCCCCCUACAGAUAGGAUAUGGUACAGCUUCUGUGUGCCCCCCAAACUGGAUCUGCAUGUGUGUCCCAAACUGGGGGAGCGAGAGGUGACCUUCUGCCACGUAACUGAGUGGAUAGAGAAGAAGCUUCAGGAUGAGUUCCAGAAAGUGUUUGUGCUGCCAAACAUGGACGACAUUUACUUACCACUGAUGCAUUCUGGGUUGGACAACCUGUGGGCAUGCAAGUCCCGAAGUUCCUCCUCUGAGUCCAUAGAGAAGAUCCGGCCGGAAACUGGUGGAGAACCAUCUAACUCUAAUGCCUGACUAUUGACAACUUGUUGCAAAAUGGACAAAAUGAAACCUGCCUAAAUAGACUUAAAACCCAUUGUGUAUAUGUCUGAACCUGGAGCUUCUAGGAGACUGAUGCUUGUAGACUGUAGAUGUUCAGAUGUUUAUUGUGAAACAAAAUAACUCAUUUAGUCGAAUCAAAUAUUGUAAAAGAAAUACAAUUUAAAGAGGUUUACAUUUGAAUAAUUCCUGUGAAAUGUUAUUUAUUUAGUGAUUUUUUAAAUGUAACUCAGUAUUAUUUUGGACAUUAAGAUGUUACAAAUUCAUAAAUAAAACAACUAAAGGUU